AUGGCGUCGGUACUGAACAUGAACUACGGCGCGUACUUCGGCGGCGACCGGUACGACGUCGAUCAGUACGACUUGUCGGCCAGCGACACGCUCCGCGCCGUCUACGAGGCGGCUUUCUCCAACGGCGGCGCACCGUCGUCGUCGUCGUCGUCGGUGGCCACGGCGUCAACGGCCCAGGGUGUCGGCGUCGACGUUUCGGCGUCAAUGAUCGACGUUUCGGCGUCAAUGAUCGGCGUCUCGGCGUCAAUGAUCGGCGGCAUGAGAGGCGGUUCGCCGGCCGGUUCCGCGUGCACGGUCGUCACCACGUCCACGGCGACGGCAUCGUCGUCGUCCUGCGCCGGCGACGAUCCGAAAUCACCGUACGGCGGCUGCGGCUUGGGCGAGACGGCCCUCGACUUUGGCGCCUACGACGACGGACUGGGCGACGACCUCGCGGCCGGCGAGGGCGGCUGCACGGACAAGGUGACGAAGAAACGCCGCUUGGCGGCCAACGCCCGGGAACGGCGGCGCAUGCAGAACCUGAACAAGGCGUUCGACCGGCUCCGCACCGUGCUGCCCACGCUCGGCAACGACCGGCAGCUGUCCAAGUACGAGACCCUUCAGAUGGCCCAGACCUACAUAACGGCCCUUUACGAUCUGCUCCAGUGA